UGUCCCGGGGGGAGUCGCCUGAGGGCACCCUGCCGUGUCGCUGGCGCUCCCGGGUCCCAGCGGGCGCCAGAAGUGUGACACCCAAAGGCGCCGGUCCCUCCCCCUCCUCUCUCGCCUUCACACCGCGCCCCGUGGCCUUUCCCCUCCGCCCGGCCUGGCCCAGAGACCACGUGAAGGCUGCCGGAGGUAUAAUAACCACAGCCCUGGCAUCACAGCCUUCGCUCCUUCGUCAUCGCCUCUCCCGCGCUCUCGUCCUCACCGGAGAUCUCCCCGCCGCUGCUUCUCCCCGCCCCAGAGGGAUCUGGCGCCUAAAUGCAUCCUGGGACGCACGUUUCCGAGCAAGCUGCCUCUGCUGAUGGGUUAGUUACAGCUGCUGGGCUAUAAAGGAUGCCUCACGUGUCUGCUGAAGAUGAUGUCGAUCCUUCGGGGGCUGGGAACAAUGAUAGCCGCCCCCAGCGCCUGCUGCAGAAUGGCCAGUGCCAGGCCCCCCUGACGCUCCUGGACAGGCUUCUGCUGACCCAGGGGCUCUGGCAGCUGCUCAGCCUGGGCCCGGAACAAGCCACGGAGCUGCUGAGGAUGCAGCCGCCUGGGACGUUCCUGGUGACCGGCGCGGGGAGCGGGGAGCGCAAGGCGCUGUCGGUGCAGAGCAGCGGAGAGGGGCACGGAGCUGGAGCCGUCUGCCGUUUCCAGAUCAAGGAGGAUGACUCGGCUGUUUGCCUGGAAGGGUCCCAACUGCGCUUCCUGGGUCUACUGGAACUGGUCGCCUUCCUCUCUGUGAGCAGGGACGUGCUGCCCCUCCCGCUGCGGCUCCCGGCCACCUUGCAACGCCUCGGCAGGGCCGAGCUGGACGCCCGCGCAGCCCUGGGCAUGAGGUUCUGGAGUCCUCCCUUUAAGCCAUCGGCCACAGGCGAAGAGGAGGAAGAGAACAUGGGGUCCAGCCCCGAGCCCCCGAACCCCCUGGAGAGUAGCGGCCCGGCCUGCGCCAUCCGGGUGACGUCGGAGGACGGGGCGCUCUGCAUCAUCAACCCGCUCUUCCUGUCGGAGCACAGCAGCGAGGGCUGGCUCCCCGCCGGGGUACCCCCCCCAUUCCACCUGCCUGAGAGAGGGGGCACCAUCCGGCUGAGGAACGGGCAGGGACCCAGCCUGUCGGACAAGCCGCUGGCGCCCGCCAGCACCGAGACGGAUCAGCUGGGAGCCCCAGAGCCCGGGAAAGAGGGGGAGCCGGGCAAAGGCGAUGAUGCCCCACCGGCCUCGGUGAAACGGAAGCUGCUGGUGCGCCGUCCGGCCUGGAACAUGUCUGAGGACUCGCCGUCCCCGCCGCCGGCCGAGAGGCAGGAGGGCCCGGCCUCCCCGCACCGGGUCUCUUGGAUCGAGGGGGCCUCGGACGCCCCCUGGGCGCUGAAGAAGUCCCACUCGGAGUCCUCGCUGGUGGGCCCCCGGGACAGCCUGCUCCUGCCGCCCAUCCCCGAGCUGGACUCGCUGUCGGUCAGCAGCGUGGAAGAGGAGGCUGACGCCCACCCGGCCACGCCCCGCAAGAAGCACCAGUCGGCGGCGCUGCCGGGGCGGGUCCUGCACCGGCUGUCGGCCGUGGGCAGCGCCCUGACCAGCUUCCUCUCGGCUGAGCGCCGGCUGGCCAAGCGGGUCCAGGAGCUGACGCAGGAUCCGGCCUCCUACGUCGGGGGCCUGGUGCAGAACUUCGUGGGGCACAUGCUGCGGGGCGGGGCGGCCCGGCACCCCACCAGCACCGACCUGCUGCAGGAGAUCCGCCAGAUGAUCAGCAGCCUCAAGGGUUACCUGUGUGAGAGCUCGGAGCUGCAGGACGCCUGGGAGUGCGGGGACCUCGAGGAGAUGGACCUGGGCUCCGUGGUGGAGGCGGCCCUGUACAAGUGCGUCCUGAAGCCGCUGCGGGACUGCGUCUACGGGCAGCUCCUGGAGUUCCACAGCCGGGACGGGAGCCUGCAGAAGCUGCGCGAUCACCAGCUGACCAUGGGCCGCCAGAGCCUGGCGGAGCUGGGGGUGACGGCCAGCGUCCCCGACGCCCCGGCCCUCGAGCGCAUCCAGGCCAAGCUGCUCCAGAUGCACCAGGCCUACUCGCCCAAGAAGAAGGAGGCCCAGCUGCUCAAGGCCUGCAAGCUGAUCUACGAGGCCAUGAACCACGGCACCGGCGGCAAGGAGGUCUAUGGGGCGGACGACUUCCUGCCUGUGCUGACCUACGUCCUGGUGAAGUGCGACAUCGUGGCGGUGCAGCUGGACGUGGAGUACAUGAUGGAGCUGCUGGACCCCAGCCAGCUGCAGGGAGAAGGCGGCUACUACCUCACCACCUGGUUCGGGGCUCUUUACCACAUCAGCAACUUCCAGUCGGCCAUGGUAACCCGGCAGAUCAGCAUCGAAGCACAGGACUCCAUCCACCGGUGGCAGCGCCGGCGCACCAUCCACCACAACCAACACAGCCGGCGCCGCUCCCAGGAUAUUCUCUAUGUCUCCUUCCAAGAGCCCUUCACGAACCAGAAGGCCAUCCCCCUCCCCGCCCACAUGACAGCGGCCUCAGUGUGUGUGAUAUGCAGCAAGAAAUAUGGUGUCUCCAACCCAGAGGCCUAUGGUCUCUUCCUGGUGACGGACAGCACCUCCCGGCUCCUGGCGGGGGACAGUCGCCCCCAGCAGAUCCGCUCGGCGUCCCUCAAAUCCCACAGCGCCUCCAGCUGCUUCGUUUACAAGCUGAAGGGAGAGGAGCCGGAAGCCCCGUCGGAAGGCGACGGCCCAACCCCUGCUCAGGAACCAAUAUAAGGCCGGUGGAGAGACGGUGCAAUCAGAGGCUGCCUGGAUGGAAGCGUCCAGUCCGUGCAGCCAAAAUCCAGUGACCUUGGGACUGAGGCGGGACUCUCCCCAGAGCCUCCCGGGUCCUAAUAUGUCAGGACGCCUGGGUUAAAAACAAACUCAAACUUCCCAAGGGUCGGAGCAAACAGGUGCUGGAGCGGCCAGCGGAAAGCGUGGAAGCCCCAUUGACUUAUAACUAGGAACGGCCGAAGCCCAGGGGAACUGACGGGAGGGGACAGUCCUACCGCGGAUGGGGCGUCCCCAUCUCGCAGGGCACAGCUCGGGGGAGUAGGUGUCCCGAGCCGGGACGGCCUUUCCUCCUCUCGGAACUCUACGAGCCCUGGGGCCGUGUUGGUCCGGUCGGCUCCCAGCUGCAGCCCAGGGCCGGGGCGUGGAUGGCUCAGGCCGCUGCGGUCCGGCGCGCAGGAACCGUUCACCUCUAGCCGGCUGCCUGAGCGGGGGCGAGGUGGGCCUGUGCCGUACGGGUUUGGGGGGGCCGCAGCCCCGGGGGAAAGGGAGAGAAGAGCUGCCCCUCUGUGGGCAAACUCAGCCAGGAGCUAGGGGAGAAACAAAUCUAAUAUCCUCUCCAGGGCAGGGCUGGCAAACAUCGCCCAAGGGGCAUGGUAGGGGGUGGGGGUGGGGGGAGAGGCAGG